CCUGCUACUGCAGUUGUAGACUAGAACAUGAGCGAGUCCUCAGUCUCCUUCGCCAAGGACUUCCUGGCUGUUUGCGUCGCUGCUGCGGUAUCAGAGACCGUCGUGGCUCCACUCGAGAGAGUCAAGCUGCUCCUUCAGGUACAACAUGCCAGCAAGCAAAUCGUGGCAGCGAAGCACUACAAGGGCUUUAUCGACUGCAUCAUUCGCAUCCCCAAAGAGCAAGGCGUCCUCUCAUACUGGAGAGGCAACCUGGCCAACGUGAUCCGAUACAUUCCAACACAGGCUCUCAACUUCACCUUCAAAGACAAGUACAAGAAGUUAUUCCUGGAUGGUGUGGACCAGAGCACACAGUUUUGGCGCUACUUUGCUGGUAACCUGGCAUCAGGUGGUGCCGCUGGGGCCACAUCUCUAUGUUUUGUCUACCCACUAGACUUUGCUCGCACUCGUCUAGCAGCAGAUAUCGGCAAGGCGAGAGCACAGAGGGAAUUCACUGGACUGGGUGACUGUUUUGGGAAAAUACUCAAAGCCGAUGGACCAAGAGGUUUUUACAGUGGCUUCAAUGUGUCUGUGCAGGGCAUCAUCAUCUACAGAGCUGCUUACUUUGGCAUCUAUGACACCAUCAAGAGUACAUUGCCAGAUCCACAGAAUACUCACUUUGUGAUUACCUGGAUGAUCGCACAGAGCGUGACUACACUUGCUGGAAUCAUCUCCUACCCAUUUGAUACGGUGCGCCGCAGAAUGAUGAUGCAGUCGGGACUUAAAGGGGCAGACGUCAUCUACACUGGCACAGUGGAUUGCUGGAAGAAGAUUGCUCGUGAUGAAGGCAUCCAGGCUUUCUACAAGGGAACUUUGUCAAAUAUACUCAGGGGCAUGGGAGGUGCCCUGGUGCUAGUGUUUUAUGACGAGAUAAAGAAAAUAAUUUAAAUGUCAAUUUUUGUUACUAGGGAGAAAGUGCUAUAAAGUCAAUAACACAAAGUUAACUUAUUAUUAUACAAAUUAUACUACAAAAUGAAGUAACGAGCCCUUUGGUGCUAUUUCACACAUAGAAAGGGGCUUGUGUGUGUGUGUGUGUCUGUGUAUUAUUAAGGAACACAGUUAAAUAGGGAACUUCAUCGUUCAUUGACAAGAAAUGUCAUCAUAAAUGUCUGCACUCUAUGCAGUUCAGUAUCACCUUUUAUUAUCUUUCCACUUUAUGUGAAAUAUCUAAUCUACGGUUUUCCAAUUGACUCAAAUGUAGUUCACCAGACAUGUUUUUUGCAUCAAGGGAUACAAACCCUACUGAAUAGUUUUAUAAUCAACUCCAAAUUGUACUAUAUUUUAUCUAAUCGUUUCUCUCCGCAAGAUUGUUUUAAAUGUAGUUGUAAUCAUUUGACAUCUAGAUUUGUACCUCUAUCACAGGUAGUUUUUUUUGUUGUUGUUGCUAACUAGACAACUUGCUAAGAUUUCAUGACAAUUAUUGGCUAUUCUGUGAAAUGCAAGCUCACUUUGUCUGUGUAAAUGUAAUGUAUUUUAACUAACUAGCAUAGCAUAACCACUAUGUUAGCACAGUUAUUCUCUCAAUCCCACGGCUAAGCAAGCAUGUGGAACCUAACUUUAUUUAGAGACUUUACUAUACGCUCAACGAAAAUGUAACAUGUUUUGUUCUGUCAUGUCACUCUCAUUCAGCUUAUUCUUGUAUUUGUGUGCACCAAAUUCUUUAUUUCCACUUUGUCGGCAUCUCCUGUUUAGUUUGUGUGUUAACUACAAUAAAUUAAAUUUUUAUAUAUUAAUGAAUUUAAUAUAAGUGACCUGUCUUGUUUUACACCUAUGUAACAACAUCUGCAGUUAAAUGGUUUUGGAUUACUUUAGUUGCAACUUUACACCGUGUCUCCUGUUGUGGAAAGAGACAUGUGUGAGACAUAUUGUCUCAG